UUGACAGGAAGUCACCUGUCACUGUAAGUCCAGCCUCAGUAGAGCACGGCUAAGAACAAGGGAAGCUCUCUCAAAAAGCCUUUUACCAGCUUUAGCCUGACUCUCAAGUUAGUUCAAGGAGUAAGAUGGUGAUUCUUAAAAUGUUUGUGUCCAUGUUUAGCUGAAAUCAAUACAGGUAUGUGUGGAACUUGAGACACUUGCGACGCAAUGGCCAAGCAUGUUCAUACGGAGGAGAAACGCUGUAAGACGCGGCGUCAAAAUCAUCUGCACACGUAGCUUUGGUCACUGUGUUUUAUGUCCACGGUAUAUAGGACCCGCAGGGAGCACGAGGACCGACAUGGAAGGUGCUGUUGUUUUGCCGAUCCCAAUGACUAUGUGUUGACAGCCUUCAUGAUACAGCGGGUCUUUUCAGCAAUCUCCGCGUUCCACUUCAGUGAGUAAAGGAGGACGGGGAUCAUCAAGAAAGAUGUUCUUCGUAGCCGGGGCCAAAAAUACAGCAUCAGGCGGAGGAAAUGAAAGGAGGUCAAUUUAUCAGAAAUUUCGUGAGGUAGACUUACUGGACAAGAAGAAAACCGUGACGGCUUUAAAGCCUGGUGAAGAUCGUGCUAUUUUCCUGGGUCUUGGAAUGAUCCUCUCCUCUGUCAUGAUGUUCUUUGUGCUUGGGAUCACCAUAUUACGUUCAUACGCAGACAGUGUGUGGACAGAGGAAGGUGUGUGUGUUGUUCUCAACUCCACGGUCACAGCAGACAUGAACUGUUCCUACAACUGUGGCUCAGACUGCUGGAGAGUCUCCAAAUACCCCUGUCUGCAGGUCUACGUGAACGUCAAUAACACGGGCCGCAUCACUCGAUUAUCUCACAAUGAAGAGACACAGGAUGCCAGCUCUGAAUGUUUCUAUGUGCCCAGGUGCCAGAAGGACAGCUCCCAAAUGCACACCAUCAUCAUGAACAUCUCCGAGCGCCUGAAGGCCAACCAGCAGGUCCCAUGCUACUACGACCCCAGCGAGCAGCAGGACACGGUUCUCCUGACUCGUCUCUACGAUCACAGCAUCGUGUUCCACUCGUUGCUGUGGCCCUCGUGCAUGUUUAUAGGAGGUGCCCUCAUUAUCGUGAUGGUCAAGCUCACUCAGUACCUCUCCAGGCUGUGCGAAGAGAUCGGGAAGAUCAAGAGGUGAAGCUGCUGUCGAGUAAAAGCCAAAAACCCAAUUGACCAUUCUGUGAACUGGUACAGGUGACUCUCAAGAUCAAGGAUGUGGCUGAAUGAACGUUCCCAAAGAGGACACUUUCCGACAUGGCUGUUACAAGAAAACUCGAUUUUGCAUGGAGUCAUAACAGUGUCAAAUUGGACUGUUUACAAGUUUUCUGGUAAUGUGAAAUAUAUCAUAUUAGAGGCAUGUCCUCACAAUAUCAUGUAUUAUAUUAAUGAAUAUACUAAGUGUCUGUAUGAUCUGAGAUCUUUUUAAGAGUGUUUGAAUAUAUGAAGAAAAAUGCUCAUGAUUUUGAUAUAUUUCACCGACUUCAGUACGUUCUAUCUGAAUAAUAUGCUCUCAAAUAUUCCUGUGACCAAAAACAAAACAUAAACAGUAGCUCUGUCAUAAUGUGUUAUUAAACGUUCCACUUUUAUUGGAAAUUAUAUGCUUUGUAUGUUAGAAUCAAUGAUUCUCUAUAUAUUCCUCUUGUUUAUAGCAGGUAAAUUGUUUUCAGACCAGACCAUGAUAAAUGAAUUCAUAGGAAAUGGAAUAUUUUCAUAGUUAGAGCAUAAAAAACCUAAAAACGUUUUUUUUUACAUGAAUAGAGUCCUGUACAAACGUGAAAUAACAUGCCUGUAGUCACUUUUGAACUCCUAUUAUUCAUUGUUUACGUUGCAUCGUGCAACAUUUUUGGAGCAAGGCAGCUGCGAGCUUGCAAGCUAAACAAUUACCCUUGAAUUUAUUUCUUCUAAAUUUAAACAAACAGACAAAAACCACUUCCACACGAAUGAAAGGUGUGGUAUCACCAUGGUUGACUUCAUGCAGUGUUAAGUAAGGUCUCAAUGUUCCGUGUCAUUACAGCUACCUAGUGACCAGAACACUACACCUCACUUAUAUUUCAAUAUGUUUUGACUACUA